AUGGCGGCACCGGGACACCGGCCCGCCCGCCGCCGCCAGCGCCCUGCCCCGGGCUGGGCUCGGGCCGCCUGCCAGCCCCGCCGCCCCGGUGACCUCAGCCGGCUCCGUGGGACCGGUCUGACGCCCAGCUCCCGCGGCAGCCCCGGCAGGAAGGAGCCGCCCGGGGCUGCCCCUCCCACGAGCGCAGCGGCGCUCGGACUGCCCGAGCCCGAGGAGCCGCGGCAGGGACCGGGACCGGGAGCGGGACCGGGACCGGGACCGGAUCCGGCUGGCAGGCGGCGGCACCAGGAGCCGCGGCAGGGACCGGGACCGGGACCGGGACCGGAUCCGGCUGGCAGGCGGCGGCACCAGGAGCCGGGCGGCCGCUGCAGCCCCGACGGAGCCGAGCGCUUGCUCGGGGGCUGCGGCCGCCCCCCGCUCGGCGGAACCGGCGGAACCGGAGGAACCUUCCCGUCCCCGCAGCCGCGCUCCGGCGUCCCUCGGGGAGGAGGGGGCGGCGGGACGGACCCCAGGCUCCUCUGUCGGAGAAAGCGGGUCCGGGACUGGAACCACCGCGUUCCCAGCGCGGCCACCGGGGCUGGGAACUGCCCCCGCCCCGGGACACCGCGGCUCGACCCCCAGACCACAGAAGGACCCCCGACUCCCCACCAGCCGAGGGAUCCCGUCUUCCCCCGUCCGCGGAGGAACCCCCGGUACCCCGGCAGCGGAGCGCCGCCCGACCCCCCGAUCCUCCCGCCCCGGUAG